GCCAAAUUGCCGGCCGUUCUGACGUGCUGCAAGAAGCCAUGGCAGAAGAAGAGCCUGAGGUCCUUUAAGGGGUUGCUGUUGGCUAGGUUGGGUUGCGUUCGCUGGCCGGAGCCAGGCCAUGCAAAUCAAUGUUUCAGUGCUUUAGAAUGUCGCUUGUCAGGAGCAAAGUGAAAGCUGCAUUUGGUUGAUUUGAAUUGAUCAAGCCGCAGCUUUUCUUGGUAAGCCCGGUCAAGUGUUGCUCUAAGAUAUAGGGUGUCCGAUGGGUAUCCCACGCUUUUAUCGAUGGUUGUCGGAGCGCUACCCUUUGAUCAAUGAGAACAUUACUGCAGAACAAAUUCCGGAUUUCGACAACUUGUACCUGGAUAUGAACGGUAUCAUCCACAACUGCUCCCACAACAACACUGGAGGCCUUUGCCAGAAGGAGGAGAGUGAUGUGUUCGUUGAAGCCUUCAGCUACAUUUGUCGUUUGGUACAGAUCAUUCGGCCAAAGAAGAUUCUAUACAUGGCGGUUGACGGUUGUGCUCCUCGAGCCAAGAUGAACCAACAGCGCUCCCGGCGCUUUCGUGCUGCCAAUGAUGCGCGGGAAGCAAAGGACCUUGCGCUGCAGAUGGGAGAGGAUAUUUCUGGUCCACAUUUCGAUUCAAAUUGCAUUACUCCAGGUACGGAGUUCAUGGCCAAGCUGACUGAACACUUGCGAUUCUUUAUUUGCAAGAAGAUUCAGGAGGAUCCAGCCUGGCAAAGCUUUACAGUGGUCCUUUCGGGCCCUGAGACUGCGGGCGAAGGUGAGCAUAAGAUCAUGGAUUACAUACGCAAAGCCAAGGCCCAGCCAGAUCAUGAUCCGAACACAAGGCAUUGCCUCUACGGCCUUGACGCCGACUUGAUCAUGCUCUCGUUAGCGUCCCACGAGCCGCACUUUGCUCUUCUUCGGGAGGAGGUUGUGUUUGGCCGCCGGGAGACGAAAACCACAGAUCAGCGCAUGCUGAUUGCAAAAGAUCGCUUCCAGCUGUUGCAUGUGUCCCUUCUUAGAGAGUACUUGGAUAUUGAGUUUGCACCGCAGAUUGAGCCAAAGUUUCACAACCUGGAGCGAAUCAUCGAUGACUUCAUCCUUUUCUGUGUCCUCGUAGGGAAUGACUUCUUGCCGUGUUUGCCUUUUGCUGAGAUUGGACAGCAUGGCUUGGAGGAUCUAUUUCGAGUGUACAAGGACCACUUGGCCUCAAGUUCUGCAAGUUCAAGCUUUUGGCUUACAAAAAACUGUGGGGAGGUUGACUUCAAGCAGUUCUCGAAGUUUUUGAAGAAGUAUGGGGAGCUGGAAGACGGGCAUUUACAGUCGGCUUGUGAUGAGCAAGAAUUCACACUUGGAAAGCAACGGCUGGUGGGUCUGGAAGAAGCACCUGCGCCAAAGGAAUACGCACCAGACUUACCAAUUGAGCCGCCACCCACUUCUGAGAUGGCAAGAGAGCAAUGGUAUGAGGUCAAAUUUGCCAUGGAUGUGAAUGACUAUGAAGGGACACAGAAACAACGGAAAUUAUUUCAGUCCUACUUAGAGGGGUUGCAUUGGGUCAUGCGCUACUACUUUCGUGGCCCAGAUCAUGCUUCUUGGAGUUGGUACUACCCUUUCUAUCACGCUCCAAUGGCUUUUGACCUGGCAAACUAUGACAAUCUGUCGAACCCUGAGAUUUCCUUGCAGGUAGGAAUGCCCUUCAAGCCUUUCCAACAACUCAUGGCUGUGUUGCCUUCUAGUUCCAAGACUCUGCUGCCUAGCUGUUACCAGUGGCUCUUUGACUCACACUCCCCCGUGGCUAACUUCUAUCCCGAGAAGUUUGUGGUGGACAUGGACGGUGUCAAAGUUCCAUGGGGUGGCAUGACAUUGAUUCCUUUCAUCGAUCCAGAGAGGUUAUUGUUGGCCAUGGAGCAGGCCUUCAAUCAAGGCCCUCCGCUGAGCAGCGAAGAGAAGAAACGCGACGAGUUCCGCAUGGCCAAGUCCUUCCAGUAUGACAUGAAAGCUGGAGUUUUUGUGAAGAGCACAGUGCCUCGCAAGUAUGGUGACAUUCAGAGAUGCCCUGUGAGGAUUAAUGAAUUUCAGCAUCUUGCCCUUCCCGGCGAACACUUCCCCAACUACCUGCUGUCUGGCGUACGGACUAAGGAGAUGGGCUUCCCCACGUUGCAUGAGAUUCCGUUCACGACCUCCUUCCAGGUCGGCGUGAAGGUGUUCCAAUUCGAGGCCAAAGGACUUUCCAUGUACUUGCACUUGCGGCCCACGUCCCCUUUCGAGCCCACUGAGGAGGCCAUCAGAGCGAGAAUGCGAUCCCUUGCGAUCAUUGACUACCCCUGCAUGCACAGAGGGAAAAUCAUUGCUCUGCAUACACCUUAUGCAAAGUAUUUGCAUGACGGUGCUCAAGUGGAGAACAAUCCUUUUGAGCAUGAGAAGAGGGUCUGGAACCUUCUGCAGGAGUACAGGAAGCGUGGACUCACUGUAGAGUUUGACAGCAGUGCGAUAGCUGUCGAUGAAACGUCUGCGGGUCGAAUGUGGCGAGGCAAAGCAGGCGAUCUUUCCGAGAACGAGUUGUGCCAGCAGCCUCUGGUUGAGGUGAAGAUGGUGCAGUCUCUUUACGUUGACAGCCAUGGCCGCGCUCAUGCCACCUACCAGGCUGGCAGCGAGUUGCGCCUUUGGCAUCUGAUUCGUGUAGACGAGACACCUCCAAGCACCACAACGACGAAACUCAGCGAGCGCUUUAUGGUUGGAACUGCUGUGCUAUGCAUCGACCAAGCUUCAGAGGCUUUUGGCGAGCUGGGACGAAUCCAACGGAGCUCCACCAACCCCAAAGAGAUUGAGGCUUUGUUCCAGCGCCAACUCUCAAGCAAUGAGAAAAGUGCACUUCAGCAGAAGAUUUCUCAGGUCAUCGAGCAAGAACAAACCGGACUCAAGUGGUACGACAUGACGCAGUUCAUCAAAAUGAUAGAGUUGGAGGCCAAUGUGACAAGACAGAUCAUCGGCACCCUUAUGGCCAGAUGUGCAGACUACGUCCGGGAGGAUCUUGGCAUGAAUCUCAUGGUUGAGGCCAAUCUCGGAGAGGCUGACCCAGAGCCUGGAGGGGGAGAGCGAAAAAAAGAGGGUGACAAGCCAGCAUUUUGCCUCCCUUGCUACUCCAUCAAGCGACCGCAAGGGUGGUUCUUUUCAGAUCUCGCAGUCUCCGCUCUGAAGGACUACCAGACAAAGUUCCCUGGCCUCUUUGAGGCGUUACGGGCUCGCCGAGAUCAAAGCAAGGACUUAGAGCAGAGACAGAUCUUCCCUACAAGUGUGAACAAAGAUUACUCAUCAAGACAACUCUUGAAGUACUGCAAUGCUUGCGAAUGGAAGAAGCUCCGCUUGGCUCCAGUGCAGUACAUGGCCAUGACGGCUGGCUGCGUCGUGAAGGUGGCGGACGUAGUUGAAGACGCCCUCGGCCAGCAGGGAGAGGCUGUGACGGUCACUGGAUGCUCCUCGUUCCACCAUGCUGAGGACCCGUCUUUGCCGCCCCCAGAAAUCUCAGGGGCCAAGGAUCUUGCGCUUGGACAGAGAGGAUUUUAUGUCAAGGUGAUGAGAAGUGUGCCUUGCGGUGCACAGGGCACCAUCAUAGGGGUCUAUGGAGGUGACGCUCACCAACACUUGGAGGUUCUCCUAGACAAGGAAUGCUUUGGAGCGACUGACUUACAUGGCCGCUGCCCACCUUUGCGAGGGAUACAGAUGCCUGCCUCCAUGUUUAGACCCUUCUCUUCGCGGGCCACGUCAACAAGUGAGCAGACCCAAAGGAUGCUCGAGAAGCAGAGGGCAGGCAACGCAGCCUCUUUUGGACGAGAGGCGCCAAAACCAGAGACUGACGAAAUAGUUUCGCAAGCUUUGAAGAAGCUGCUUCAAGUCACUCAGGCUUCCGCAUCGAGAGAUAAGCCUAGGACCAAAGACGACCGAGCUUUGAAAGAGGGUGAGACGAUGGAGUGGAAGGCGCCAGUGAAGAAUCCCAGCCGUCCUACUGGUUCCAAAGGCUCAUCAAAUAAGGUGAACAGGGAGCCUGAAAAAUUGGAAGGUGAUAUACCAGCAGCAUUUGCCGCCUUGACAGGAGCCCCAGCUCAGAUCGCUCAAGAGGUUGAGAGUGGAGCAGCGCGCUUGAAACUCUCUGCCCCCGCAAAACCUGCACCUGCAGCACGGAAAGGCCACAAAAAAGACCUGGAGGAUGUUUGGAGAAAGGCGUUCACAGAGCUGCUUGCCUGCGGCAAGAAGGGCUGAGAUCAGCACUUCUCCCUCUUUGGCCUGUGGCCUCCGUGGCUGCCUUCCUGGGCGAGCAGAUGUGAGAGAACUAUUUGCAAACUUUCGGACAAUUCGUUCAGCUGUGUGCUGGCGAUAGCUUCAGCCGAAUUCAGCUGUGAGACUACCGGCACGUUCAGCAGCUUCUGGCGAACUCAGAUAUUUGCUUUGAGGGUGCAAGUGCCGACUGCAGUGCCUGUAGACCGUACAUCAGUGUUGAUGCACAUUGGUCGAAAGGCUUUUGAUGGUGCCUGUCUCAUUACGAGCUAGGCCUACCCUGGGAGGCAGACCGCUUGCACCACGUUUGCCUCCUCAGACCUCUUUUUCGCUGAAGUACCGGCUCCCUGCGUGCCGCGAUUACGUUCGCAAGUGGCACGGUGCCUACAUUGACC